UGCAUCCUGCACAUUAAUUAGCGUAAACAUUGACGUUCAUAUUUCCUGCUAUUUGUAAUUAAUCAGAAAUUGAAUAAAUAUUAUAAUGGCAGGUACAAUGUCAUGGAUAUCUAUUAAUUUUAUUGUAUUGUUUGGAAUAAUUAUCAUGCUUCCAGGCUACUGCUGUCAAAAUGUAAAUAUUCUUCCUUACCCACGAGCCUAUGCGCUUACGGACCAGAACCUUACCUUUCAAUGUUUCUCAGAUGGCAACAUUUCAACAUACAGUGCCUGGGCAAUAAAUGGUAGCCUUGGGUACAUUCGAAAAGUAAACAAUGAGUGUGUUGCUUUCGACCUUUUGAACGAUACUUCAUUAUACAAUGUACAGUGUCUAGAAAAUGGUACGUUUGUUUUGACUAUACUGACUAUUAAGGAACAUGAUCAUUUGGCGUACUGGAGUUGUUGUCUACUUUUCAACGGCAGAUACACUAAAUGGGCUUCAACAACAGUUUUCGUUAAAGUGCCUGUCUCAUCAGUGAAUAUUAGUUAUCCCGGAAGCUCUUCAGUAACGAUGUCUGAAAACUCGUCCGUGGAGUUUGGGUGUAAAGCAUCCCGUAGUCGACCCGUGCCUACAGUCUCCUGGCUUAUAGAUGGAGGUACUUCAACAAGAUGGGAUGAUGAACUCAUAUCUCAUGUUGUCCACACAGUCACCUCUGCUGGUUUUAAGACAAACCAGAACAUAGCCCCUCUGAUCAUGAUCCUUCCACACCAACAACACAAUUACUAUGCAAUACGAAACAUGCAACAGACCUCCACGCUCCGUAAUUGGUGGGCAUCCCCUGGUCUUUCACUAUCAUGGUCGGCUUCACAGGAAGUGAAGAAGACUGGAGCUUUGGUCGGACUGUUUCAAGAGAUGGACUUGGUACACGUCAAAUAG